AAUAACAAAAACAAUAAGAUUUUACUUCGUCUCCUAAUCGAAAUUUUCGUGAGGUAUCAGAAUUUCAUGCUCCGAGCUUUAUUUAUCCAGUGAUCACAUAUUUUAACAGUUGCAGGUAUGUUUUUCCUCUCAGAACCACGGAAUCAGUCUCCUUUUCGAUCAAUGUAACCAAUCGACAUACUCUAACAUGCUGAGCUUCGAGAUCGAGUUGCGUGGGCAACUUCACUAAUCAUGCUUGAGAGGAUUGUUGGAAGAGUGUUUCGGUCAGCAGCAAGAAGUGCGCAAGGAAACGGAGAAAUGGACAAAGGCGAAGAGGAUGAAAAAAUGGUGGUAGAGGAAAGUAGAGGAGCUGGAAGCAGUUCCAGUGAUAUAGAGUUUGACAACUCGAAUUCUGUACUGCUGAAAAUUGCCUCUCUUUAUGCAGAAAAAUUGAUGAAUGACGUCAGUUUGCUUGUUGGAGGGCAUGAAUAUCCUGCUCAUAAGUUAAUUUUAUGUGCCUCAAGUGAAGUUUUUAGUGUUAUGUUAAUGAAUCCCCAAUGGAGUGAAUCAAGGGAAAGCAAGGUUGUUUUGAAAGAGACACCUUCUUGUGCUGCAGAAUUUGGUAAAUUUCUGACGUAUCUCUACACUGGAAGAAUUAGAAUCAAUCAAAGCAGUGUCAUGCCUAUUCUUGGCUUAGCUGAUAAGUACAAUGUAAAGGACCUAAUAUAUCUUUGUUUAGACUACAUGUGUAAUCACAUUGCUCAAGCAUUUGUACAUAAUCAAUUGAUAUCAUGGUUUCAGUAUACUCUCUCUCUGGGUCACUACCAAGUUGCUCUAGUCUGUGAAAAUUUUCUAAAGUGGAAUCUAGAAAAAGUAUCGGAGAUCUCAGAUUUUGGAAACAUUCAUCCAGAAAUAAUGGCAAAGCUUCUUCAGCACAAUGAUUUAGUAGUUGUUAAUGAAAUCUCACUGUAUUCGUGUGUUGUCCGAUGGCUGGAGAUUCAAGAAAGAAUAUUAAUGGCCGAGUUACCAGCAGAAGAGGUUGAAGCCCAGUUGAGUUCCUUUGUUGAGCAGACCAUGAUCAACAUAAGGUUUCCAAUGAUGACCCCUCGCCAGUUAGCUCAGCUAUUAUUGUCACCUCUCGUGAAACGGUUCAAAGAGUUCUUUAUUGAAAGAAUGGCCAUGGGAAUGUCCUUUCAUUCAGGACAAGCUGAUCGAAUUAGAAAGAUUUGCCAAGAAGAAAACGGUAAUUUAUUAUUCACACCUCGCCUGUAUACUGCAUCAGAGUGGAGUUCUGUGCUGACAGUUGAGAAUUUCACGUCUUUACCCGCCUAUCAGUCUCGCACCUUAGUUUUCACGUCGCAAGUUCAAACUGCCGAGCAUGAAGGAGAUAAAACCUGCGAAUGGGUAGUCGAUUUUUACCCAAAAGGCAUCUGGUUCCAAAAGUGCUACCUUAUCGUGUGGGAAGGCACCAUCAAUCUUCCAGAACUAAUCUUAAAAACAGUGCGGCUUUCGAUCACCUGCAAAGACCCGCCAUGCAACCCAGAUGAUCUUCGGGUGAAAAUAGGCAUCCUGAUAAGCGGCGUUCAAGACGAUGUAGAGCAUAUAAUGUGGACGGUGCAGAAGGUGUAUCGGUUCAAUGACGAGGAGCGACUUUUGAAUUUCGAUGACCUCAUGUCCUACGCAGAACUCAACGACAAUUUGAACCUCUUGAAUAGGGAAGCCCACUCAUCAGACCAGGAUAGAAGUAAAAACAAGGAAUCCACUUCCGGAGACCAAGACAAGAGUAAAGUCUCACCGUUUUUAGUCGGCCCAAAUAGAGAUACAUUGAAAAUUCAUAUUUCUGUUACUCCGCUGUUCAGACACUCGGGUACCGAGCCGAUUUAGCUUUUGUUAUCCUAAUCCAUUAUGCAGAGUGUCUUCUUCUCAUUACAAGUUGAAAACAAUUCCAGAGGAGAUGGAAUAAUUGACUUUGACAUGUUAAAGCGAAAGCACGAUCCAUUUUCAAAAGCUUACCGGAACUUUUAUUAUUAGUUUGUACAUUGUAUCUAGGACUUGAUGAAACUAGGAGUUACCAAGACUCAUCAGGGAUUGAAAAACAUUUGAAGGAAUCGGAUAAUUGAUGUUGUAAACCAAGGAAGUUUUCUCUCUCCUGUACUGCCGUGCUAAGAAAAAA